GGGUGUGUGUGCGCGGGAGAGAGAGCGAGAGAGAGAGAGAGAGAGAGCGAGCGAGAGCUGAGAUGUGUGGGCGGUCCUAGAUAAGGGCCGUUGUCUGGUUGUGGCCAUCCGGCUGAAGGGAACGCCGAGUUGCCCGUUGCGGCGGUGUGAAACGUGUUCGGGCGACUAGGAUUCUUUGCCCCCCCAACUCGGAUGUUGAAACCCGCGACAGUCGCGUACAUCUAAGCCCUUUUCCGCUGUUUAAACAAGGUCACCGUCAUUUGGGUCACUUUGAUGGGAAAACGCAUCGCCGUCUUGACAGUGGGGAGUAAUCGGGAGUUAGCCUAUUGAGAGGUUAAACCCAAAACCUGACCACCAAAGACUUCCAUCAUUGUUUCGUUGGAGGAGGACCGUAGUCGGCAAAUGUUAUUCUGAACCCACAAAAAUAAGGUCUACUGGAGAGCAUAAGAUGGAUUUGCGGCUACUUUUGAUAGCAACAUUAUUAGCAGUCCUUGGCAACAGUUGGGCACAACAAGAGGGAAGUGAAUGCAUCAAGGCAAAUGCACAGUCAUGUGGGGAAUGCAUCCAGGUGUCCAAGACAUGUGGGUGGUGCACAGACGAAAACUUUCUCAACCAGGGUGAGUCAAAGUCGGCCCGUUGUGAUGAUCUGGAGUCCCUGCAAAGGAGAAACUGUGCUGCAACCAAGAUUGAGAACCCCCAUGGUAGCAUAACGGUCGACAAAGACAAACCUGUCACCAACCGCAAGAAGGAUGUAGCAGAGAAACUGAAGCCAGAGCAGAUCACCCAGAUCCAGCCUCAGAAGCUCACUGUGACCCUCAGAUCUGGUGAACCCAAGACGUUCAACCUGAAGUUCAAGCGUGCAGAGGACUACCCCAUUGACCUAUACUACCUUAUGGACCUCUCCUUCUCCAUGAAGGACGAUCUGGAGAAUGUGAAGAACUUGGGCACAGACCUCAUGAGGGAGAUGCAGGAGAUCACCUCGGAUUUCAGGAUAGGGUUUGGCUCCUUUGUUGAGAAAACAGUCAUGCCUUACAUCAGCACCACCCCAGCCAGGCUCAUCAACCCCUGCACGGGCAAGGAGAACUGCACCAGCCCCUUCAGCUACAAGAAUGUCUUAAAGCUGACAAAUCAGGGUGAUGAGUUCAAUCGCCUGGUCAGUAAACAGCAGAUCUCUGGGAAUCUGGACUCUCCAGAGGGGGGCUUUGAUGCUAUCAUGCAAGUGGCAGUCUGUGAGGAUCAAAUAGGCUGGAGGAAUGUGACUCGUCUGCUGGUGUUUUCCACUGACGCUGGCUUCCACUUUGCCGGAGAUGGAAAGCUGGGUGGCAUCGUCAUGCCCAACGAUGGCAGGUGCCACCUGGAGGACAAUGUGUACACCAUGAGCCACUACUACGAUUACCCCUCCAUUGCCCACUUGGUCCAGAAACUGAGUGACCACAACAUCCAGACUAUCUUUGCUGUUACUGAGGAAUUCCAGCCUGUGUACAAGGAGUUGAAGAAUCUUAUUCCAAAAUCAGCUGUUGGCACCCUCUCCUCCAACUCCAGCAAUGUUAUCAAGCUCAUUAUUGAUGCUUACAAUUCCCUGUCAUCUGAGGUGAUUCUGGAAAACGGUAGGCUGCCAGAGGGAGUCUCCAUCACCUACAAGUCCAACUGUAAGAAUGGUGUGGUGGGAACUGGGGAGAACGGGAGGAAGUGCUCCAACAUCUCCAUUGGAGACGAGGUGUUGUUUGAGAUUUCCAUCGAAUCACAGAAGUGUCCAUCCCACGGCAAGCCUGAGACCAUAAAGAUCAAACCGCUAGGCUUCACUGAGGAGGUGGAAGUUGUGCUCAACUUUAUCUGCGAGUGUGAAUGCUCUACAGAAGGCGAACCCAACAGCGAGAAGUGCCAUGAUGGCAACGGCACCUUUGAGUGUGGAGCUUGCAAGUGUAAUGAGGGGCGCAUUGGGCGUCUAUGCGAGUGCAGCAAGGAUGAAGUGCGCACGGAGGACCUGGACGCCAACUGCCGUAAAGACAAUGGCACGGACAUCUGCAGCAACAAUGGCGACUGUGUCUGUGGCACCUGUGAAUGCAAGAAGCGGGAGAAUCCCGCUGAAAUCUACAGUGGAAAGUUCUGCGAAUGUGACAACUUCAACUGUGACCGCUCCAACAACAAGCUCUGCGGAGGACAUGGUCGUUGUGAGUGCAGGGUAUGCAUCUGUGACGCCAACUACACAGGAAGCGCCUGUGACUGUUCACUGGACACUACCACUUGCUUGGCCAAGAAUGGACAAAUCUGUAAUGGCCGUGGUACCUGUGAGUGUGGCCACUGCAAGUGCACCAACCCCAAGUUCCAGGGCCCAACCUGUGAGAUCUGCCCCACUUGCCCCGGAGUCUGCGCUGAGCACAAGGAGUGUGUUCAGUGCCGAGCCUUUAAUACGGGAGAGAAGAAGGACACGUGUGAGCAACAAUGCAGUUACUUCAACAUGACCAAGGUGAAAGAUCGUGUCAAGCUUCCCCAGCCCACCGACCAGAGCUUCCCACUGACCCACUGCAAGGAGCGUGAUGCAAAUGACUGCUGGUUUCUCUACACCUUUGCCAUCCGGAACAACGUCAAGGAGGUCUACGUAGUGGAGACAUUGGAGUGCCCAGCAGGACCUGACAUCAUCCCCAUCGUGGCUGGCGUGGUGGCGGGCAUUGUGCUGAUCGGACUCGCCCUACUGCUCAUCUGGAAGCUGCUCAUGAUCAUCCACGACCGUCGGGAGUUUGCCAAGUUUGAGAAGGAGAAGAUGAACGCCAAAUGGGACACGGGUGAAAAUCCCAUCUACAAGAGUGCCGUAACAACAGUCGUCAAUCCAAAGUACGAAGGCAAGUGAUGGAGUUGUGUCUUCAUCGGGACAACACUGUAUGCAAAGCAUUAUGGGGUCGGGGAAGGGGAAGGGAAGACUUUUUUUUCUUCUUUUUUUUUUUAAUGCUCUCACUGUCAUUGUUCAUGUUGUUGUUGCUGUUUUAGUCACCAAAUGAUAGCAAUGUGUUUGCCACUAUUUCGUUGCGUUUUUACUAACUGGCAUUUUUUUUUCCUAUGCAUCGUUUGGAAAUUGUACAGUCUGUAUAAACUUGGAGGUUUUGUUUCUGUUUUCGCCUCUUAUGAACUUGAGUGUUUUAAAAUGAUCUUUACAUGUUUGUUUUUUUUCUGCCACAAGGACUGGUGUGGUUGCAGAAAGCCCAAGUUGUGCCUUUUAAUAGAACCAUCGAGCCAUUGGUGUUUGGUCAAGGGGUUGAAUCAAAUGAGAUGGAGAGGGGUUCUCUUCCAAAAUGGUUUUUAUCCAAUUUUGGGGGAGAAAACGCUACUUGAAAAUAGUUGCUCAGUUUUAUACGAUUGUUUACGAAAUGGAAUUGUCUGUGGAUUAUUCCGUUUUGUGGAACACCGCUAGUUUGUAAGCAAAGGUCUCCAGGUGGUUCGUAACCUAAAAGACACAUCCCAUUAUGUGUUUUAAUUUUGAUGUCGGCAAUCACUUUGUCAGUAGGUGUCUUUUUUUUUACCCCAGUUGGGGGGGGAGGGUGUUUCAUUUUAGAAUGAAAGUUUCAGAUGUAGUGCUAGCUAGGGGUGGGACGAUUCACAAACCCCAUGAUUCGAUACGUCUCAAUUCAGGGUGCACGAUUUCGAUUCAGUACAAUGCAGUGGAUGCCUUGGUAAGCAAGAGACCAAAAAAAAAAAAACUGUUUUACGAUCUACCUAAAAUGAUUGCACAUAAUUUGCUUGUCAUUGUGCGUGUCAUAUCACUAUUUAUGACGCGUGUUGUUCGCGUCAUUUCCUUCUCAACAUUCAGUUCUUUUUUUUUAAUGUUUCACCUUUUAUAGGCUUUGUUGCGUUUGUUAGAUUAGCGGUGUGUGUUUUCCGUUUUAUUUUUCAGGUAUUAUUUCCAACAUGUCUGGGUACAGCCGCCGUUUCAGAUGCACCAUGACUACCACCGAGGUGUUGCAUUAUUUACAGGCGUUGGACAGCGGCGAUUUUAAAUGGUUUAAAAUAGUAUUGUAACGAUCACGGAUGUGUAGACUCGCCAGCCCUUGACUAACGGGUCGGACCCUUUAGUCAACUGGUUAGCGUAGUUGCCCGUGGUGCAGGAGACCCGGGUUUGCGUCCCGGCUGCAGCGGUUCCCGGCUGUCCCCUGGAUUCGCUACAUUGGUGUCAGAAGUGGGAUGGUGAGACCGUGAGGCCAUCAGAAGUGCGUGCGCCCCAAGGCGUGAGGGAGCUGGUAUGCUGAAGCGUGGGGACGCACUUCCCAUAGGAGGGGGGUAGUAACUAUCACGGAUGUGUAGACUCGCUAGCCCGUUGGCUAACGGGUUGGACCCUUUAGUUUACUGGUUAGUGCAGUUGCCCGUGGUGCGGGCGACCUGGGUUCGCAUCCCGGCUGCCCCCUGAAUUUGCUACAGUAUUAAAGUUGUUAAAAUGUUAAUUUCGGUGUCAGUCGUUUCCUAACAGACAUACUAACAUAUGCAAUGCAUUAAUAUCUCAGUUGGGUGUGUAUCUUGACAGAAUAUAGAGUUUAAAAACCAGUGGUCAUUUUGACCACCCAUGGUCAUUUUAGGUAGGAGUGAAAUCCCGGUCGUUCUAGUGUUAACACACGAUCUUGCAAAAUGGGGAGCGUCUUGAACCGUGAAGACCGUAUUGAAUGAUUCGGAAUUUGAUCCAGUAUCGUCCCACCCCUAGUGCUAGCUGGUUGUGCAGAGUAGCAAUGGAUUGUGUGCAGGUAGUCUGGAUUCUUUGUUAAGCCAUAUAAAUAGUCCCAGAAUAGGGUUUGAAGGUAAAAGUAUGUUUUAUUCUGAAAAGCGUAUUCCAUCCGAACAAUCACUUCGAAUGUCUGUGUCUAGAAAGUUAUAUUUUCUUGGGCUGUCUUUCUAGAUGGAAGAACAUUUUGGUGUACAGUAAUAUUGCUGUUAGGCUCCAGGUUCUAAUUUCUUAAUUUAAAAGCCAACUCAGGUCCCUUAAUACUUCACAGCAAUGCCAAAUACAUAUAAAUCUGCCUUACUUGCUUAAUUACAAAUCCUUGUUUUCAAAUGCCUUGUUUUACCUUGGGGGAGGGGGGUCCCAGUUUGCUUGUUUAAACCUCAGUAAUUCUCACUAAAUUCUCAUUUGGUGCUUAGAUCAAAUUCUUUUUCAUAUGAAACAGUGGUGAUCACAUUUCAAUAAGUGUUUGAAGAUCAGUGUUAAGGGAAAGAUCGCAGUUCCUGUUAGUUUCCAGUUUUGUAAAAGAAAAAGAGAGGUUACUCCUGUAACCCUUGUUUUUAAGUGCCUUUUUAAUUUUGUCAACACUUUCACAAUUGCAAUUCUUUAUUUCUGAAAUUUAUUUAUUUAAUAAAGACCUAAAACAAAU